CCUAGGGUCUAGUUGAUGUUACGUGUGUUUUCGGCUUCUCGAUUUCUUUUUUGUUUCCUUCCUCAUUCUUUUCGUUGUUGCUUCGGCCGUUCUUCUAAUUCUUGUUGCCGUUUGUCGUGCUGCUCUAGCACUUGUUUUUUAUAUUGUGCGUAGGCACAACAGCAGGCCCAUGCAGCAGCAGCAGUCGCGUCGGCAGAGCAGCCACCGUAUUAACAAUUAACCGUAAUAAUUUACCGCGUGCUGCGCAGAGCAGCGGCAGAAAAACCACCAGUACGGCCUCGCACUGCUGCCCCGAACCGACCGACCCGGCCCGGCCCUUAACUUUGUUUCCCCCCGAAGAGAACGGUGGAGCAUUUCCCCGCCCCGACCCUCAAGACGCGUUCACAGCCCAGCCGCCCAAUCCAUCGGUUGCGCCCCUCGGUGGCGGUGUUGUGCUGCUGCUGGACAGAAAGCGCGCUCGAAGGAGGAACAACAGAUAAAGAAACGGCACGAAAGAGUUAAACAAAUAGCGAAAGACAGGCGAGGCGCCGUAGAGUGGAAGUGGAAAAACGUGUGUUAUUGAGACAAAAAGAAGUGAUCGAAUUACUGCCGUGUAGUUAUACAUACAUAUAUUUUACAAUCAUCAGUAGAGAUAUAAAAACAAAACCAACAAACAAAUUGCAGCGCCAAAAUGACAUCGAAAAAGCGGAAAGCAAUUUUGGACGGCGUCGACGACGACGACGACAAUUUUGAUGAAGAGGACUCUGGCUCCGAUUUUGACGAUGAUGAAGAUCCAGAUCUAAUAGAAGUGCCUGGUGGCGGUCGCGAUCUGAAUACAGCUGUUACCUAUGCCCAGAACAUACGGAGCGGUGCGGGCGUAACGAAGGCUCCAGCGAGUGGCAACAGCAACAGUAGCAGCAGCGAUACCAAAACCAUAACCAUUACCAAUCACAACAACAACAACAAGCCCACUUCUCUGCUGCGAACCAAUAAUAAUAAUAUCAGCAGCAGCAGCAAUUACAAUAAGAUUGGCAAUAAUAACGGCAUCAUAUUGGCCGCCAGACCGGGAGGAGCAGCAAUAGUGAAAACAGUAGCAGCAGGAGGAGCGGCGGCAGCAGGAGGCGCGGCGGCAGCAGCAGCUGGAGCUGGAGCAGGAGCAGGAGGAGGAGCUGGUAUUGUGGGUCUAGAACUGACGUCUAAAGGAGGAGUACCGAUAAUAGCCAGAAAAAUAGGAUUAGAGAAUAGUUUAAACAAUAUGCCAAAGAAAUUGAAUAACACAGUGACGGCCAUUGGCCCCACUCUACCAUCCGCAGCGAGGACCAGCAGCUCGGUCUCGGGCACGGGCACCGUUACGCCCAGCCCCAGCCCUACGCCUCACAUCAAUACGGGGACAGGCGGUGGGGGUGGUGGGUCUGCCAGCAGCUACCUGAGCAGCGGCGCCGGCAGCUACCUGAACAGCCUCUCCACCAACGAACUGAUGAAUCUCGCCGCCUACGUGGCCUCCAAGGGUGGCAGUGCCUCGCCAUCGCCCUCGCACUCACACUCCUCCACAUCCACCUCCACCUCGUCCUCCAGUGGCGGCGGUGGGGCCACCAACUUCUAUGCGUCAGCGAUGGGUGCUGGCGGUGGCAGUGGCAGUGGCAGUGGGAGUGGGAGCGGGAGUGGUGCCUCUGCCGCUAGUUUCAAUAUGGCCGCGUCUUUACUGGCGCAGAUGAGCUAUGCUGGCGGCGGUGCUGGCUCAGGUGCAGCUGGAGGUGCCCUGCCGGUGGUGCGUCCCUUCAAGGGAGCCAUUACCAAGCCGCAAGCGAGUGCGACCGCAGCAGCAGGAGGAGCAGCAACUGCCGGCACCAAGGCCAACACAUCAAUGAUGGCGGCUGUCCAGAAGCUGAUUGCCAUGAAUCCGGAAUAUCUGACCAGCGGCAUACCCAACAAUGUGUUCCAGAUGUUCAUGCAAUCGAUGAAGCGUACACCCUCGCCAGCCACCCCCACGAUGUCCAGUCCCAGCCCCGGCUCCAUUCCGAUGUCCAUGUCCAUGUCCAUGUCGAUGCAGCAGUCCAUGCAGCAGGCCCAUGCCCAGGCCCAGGCCAAUGCAGCAGCAGCUUCGGCCGCCGCAGCGGCUGCCUUUGUGCAGCAGGAGGAGGAUGAAGUGGACUACGAGGAGAUGGGUGUGGCCGAGACAUAUGCCGAUUAUUGGCCAGCUAAAUUGAAGCUGGGCAAAAAGCAUCCCGAUGCUGUGGUGGAGACCGCUUCUCUCAGCUCUGUGGAGCCCUGCGAUGUCUACUACAAGAUGUCGAUACCCAACGACACGAUCAGCACGGGACAGCUGAGUGCCCUGCAGCUGGAGUCGAUAACUUAUGCCUCGCAGGCGCACGAUCAUCUGCUGCCGGAUGGCAGUCGUGCUGGCUUCCUUAUUGGCGAUGGCGCUGGUGUGGGCAAGGGUCGCACCAUUGCGGGCAUCAUCUACGAGAACUUUCUCAAGGGGCGCAAGAAGGCGCUGUGGAUAUCGGUUUCGAAUGAUCUUAAGUACGAUGCACAGCGAGAUCUGAUCGAUAUUGGCGCCUCGCGUAUUGGUGUACAUCCAUUGAAUAAAUUUAAGUACGCGAAAAUCAGCUCCGAUGUGAACAACAAUGUCAAACGCGGAGUCAUCUUCAGCACGUAUUCGGCGCUCAUUGGUGAAUCGAACAACAAGACGGGCAAGUAUCGUUCUCGCUUCCGCCAACUGUUGCAGUGGUGUGGCGAGGAUUUUGAGGGUCUAAUCAUCUUCGAUGAGUGCCACAAGGCCAAGAAUCUGUGUCCGGUGGGCUCCGGCAAGCCCACAAAAACCGGACAAACGGUCCUCGAGCUGCAGCAAAAGUUGCCCAAGGCCCGUGUUGUCUAUGCCUCAGCGACGGGCGCUUCGGAGCCCAAAAACAUGGCCUAUAUGGUGCGCCUGGGACUGUGGGGCCAGGGCACAGCCUUUGGCAAUUUCAAUGAUUUUAUCACAGCAGUUGAGCGACGCGGCGUCGGGGCCAUGGAAAUCGUUGCCAUGGACAUGAAGCUGCGCGGCAUGUACAUUGCCCGUCAGCUGAGCUUCAAGGGUGUCAGCUUCAAGAUCGAGGAGGUGCCACUCACCAAGGAAUUCCGGAAGAUCUACGAUCAGUCCGUGGAGCUCUGGGUGGAGGCCAUGCAAAAGUUUACAGAGGCCGCCGAACUGAUCGAUGCCGAGAGUCGCAUGAAGAAGACCAUGUGGGGACAGUUCUGGUCAUCGCAUCAGCGCUUCUUCAAGUAUCUGUGCAUUGCGGCCAAGGUCAAUCAUGCGGUGCUGGUGGCCCGCGAGUCCAUCAAGUAUGGCAAGUGUGUGGUCAUCGGUCUGCAGUCGACGGGUGAGGCCCGAACUCUCGAUCAAUUGGAGCGCGAUGACGGGGAGCUCACGGACUUUGUUUCGACAGCCAAAGGUGUUUUCCAGUCGUUUGUCGAGCGACAUUUCCCGGCGCCCGAUCGCAAUCGCAUCAAUCGCAUUCUCGGCCUCUACGAUGACACACCGACGCCUCUGUCUUCCGUCACGGAGAGUGCCGCAGCCGCCGCUGCCAACAACAACAACAAUGGCAAGAACGGCGGACGAGGCAAGCGGAAGGGCGGCGGCGGUGUCCAGGCCAAGGCGUCGCAGAAGAAAAAGAAAAUGAGCGCCGGCGCAUGGCAAAUGAGCGACAGCGACGAGGAGGCAGCCCACACGCCCAGUCGAGACUUUGGCGCCAACUCGAAUAGCGACAGCGAGGGAGCCAACAGCGACGAGGCCUAUGCCGAGGAGGAGGACGAGGACGAGGAGGAUGAGGACGAUGAGGAUGCCGAGGAGGAGAACGAUCGGGACAGCGAUCGCAGGAGCGUGGCCAGUGAUGCCAGCUCCGAUUUCAAUCCGUUCUUCAGUGGCAGCGACAGCGACAUUGAUCCCUGGGUGAAUGCGCGCAGCAAGAAGCCCACCAAGAAGGCCCAGAAGAAGGUCAAGAAGAAGGUGAAGAAGGAAAAGAAGGAAUCCCAGCCAGCCUCCAGCGCCACCAGCACCACCACCACACCCGCAACAGCAACAACAACUGGCAGCGAUGCCAGUGCCAGUGCCAGUGCCAGCAGCAGUUCUGUUAUGUCCGCCGCUGUGGUUGCCGCUCUGACGGCGGCCAAGACACGCAAGUCGCAGCAAUCAACUCAGGACAAGAUCCAGGAUCUGCUGCAGAAGAAGCAAGAGCUCAAGGGCACCGUCACGCCCGUGGGCGUCAAUGGGGUAAAGCUGAACUACGGCCCACCGCCCAAGGAUGCCAUCGAGCGGGCCUGCACCAUGAAGGAGGAGCUGCUGCGCAAGAUUGAGCGUCUCGGCUCCCGCCUGCCACCGAACACACUCGAUCAGCUGAUCGACGAACUCGGCGGACCCGACAACGUCGCCGAAAUGACAGGCCGUCGGGGCCGUGUCGUCCAGAAUGACGAUGGCUCCAUACAGUACGAGUCGCGCACAGAGGCCGAUGUGCCGCUGGAGACGCUAAACAUUACGGAGAAGCAGCGCUUCAUGGAUGGCCAAAAGGAUGUGGCCAUCAUCUCGGAGGCCGCCUCCAGCGGCAUAUCCCUGCAGAGCGAUCGUCGGGUGUUCAAUCAGCGUCGGCGUGUUCACAUUACCCUGGAGCUGCCGUGGUCCGCCGACCGGGCCAUUCAGCAAUUUGGCCGCACCCAUCGUUCCAAUCAGGUGAAUGCCCCCGAGUAUAUUUUCCUCAUUUCGGAUCUGGCCGGUGAGCGACGUUUCGCCUCGACAGUGGCCAAGCGCCUGGAGUCACUCGGGGCGCUCACCCACGGCGAUCGUCGGGCCACCGAGACGCGUGACUUGUCCCAGUUCAACAUUGACAACAAGUACGGCCGUCAGGCGCUCGAGACGGUGAUGCGCACGAUUAUGGGCUACGAGGCGCCGCUUGUGCCGCCGCCCACCGACUACAAUGGCGAGUUCUUCAAGGACAUUGCUGGGGCCUUGGUCGGUGUGGGCAUCAUUGUGAACAGCGAGAGCCAUCCGGGCGUACUCAGUCUGGACAAGGACUACAAUAACAUAUCAAAGUUUCUCAAUCGCAUUCUCGGCUGUCCCGUGGAUCUGCAGAAUCGUUUGUUCAAGUAUUUCACCGACACCAUGACGGCCAUCAUACAGCAGGCGAAGCGUGGCGGUCGCUUCGAUUUGGGCAUUGUGGAUUUGGGCGCUGCUGGGGAGAAUGUGAUUCGUGUGCGUUUGAUACGUUUUAUGCGCAAACAUGCCACCGGUGUGGCACCCACAGAGCUGCACACGGUGCGCGUGGAACGUGGCAUGAUCUGGCAGGAGGCCAUCGACAAAUAUGCCGAUCUGUUCAACGACAAUGAGGGCUUCUAUUUGUCACAUCAGCUCCGUAACCAGAAGCGCACAGCCAUACUGGUCGUUGUGCUGGAACAGCAGCCGCCACGUAACAGCAGCAGCAGCAGCAGCAGCACCACCGAUACGGAUGGUGGCAGCAGCAACAGCAAGAAGAAAAAGGCUCGCACCAAGAGGGAGAUUAUGUGCCAGAUCUAUAGACCCAAUACGGGCCUGCAGGUGCGCCACGAAUCGCUCUUUGAGCUGGAGAAAAAGUACAGAAAGGUGGACAGCGAAGAGGCGGAGACCCACUGGACAGAGCAGUAUGAUGCCUCGGUGAACACGUGCUCGCACGCCUAUUGGAAUGGCAAUUGUCGGAAUGUGAGCCUCGGCAACGAUUGUGAGGUGGGCCUCAGGCAGCGGCUGUACCAUGUGCUGGCCGGAUCGGUGCUGUCAGUUUGGGGACGUGUCGAGCACAUAUUGAAUACACGUUCCAACAGCAAAAUGCAAGUGAUACGCAUGAAGACGACCGAGGGCGAGAAAAUUGUGGGCACCAUGAUACCAAAAUCAUGUUUCGAUCUCCUGAUGAACGAUCUGAGUAGCGAUUCCGAGAAGAAGGAGGAGUUAAACUUCUAAA